AUGAUCGCAUUCGCCAUGGGCCCGCUCUCGAGCCGCCUUCAAACCCUCUGCCUAGCCAACGCCACCGCCGCCAUUUCCCGCCUCUCUCUCCGUGUCGUUUGGCUAAAAGACGAGGGGAUGAUCUACGUGCCACCCAGCGAGAUUCUUCUGGGCGGCGGAGGGGGAGCGAGCGGGGGAAGCGCAGGGGGAGGGAGCGGGCGGUCAAGGGGGAAAUUCUCGUGGGGAAGGAGAGAGCCGAAGCGGGGGGCGGGGGGGGAAGUGACUAUGGCGGGGGAAAGAGGGGGAGGCGGGGCGAAAGGGGGCGGACGGGGGGGCGGGCCCGUGGUGAUUGAUACGGGGGGAGCGCUGUCGCCCGUUACAGCCACGAGAGCGUUUCUCGCGCACCCGUUUGUGCCCAAGACGAUGCGGUUUGGGCAGUGUGGGCGCAGCAGCGCAGCCCUAGACCCCUCUGAGGCGGAGCGGCUGUCCCUGGACGUGUGGGUGUCUGUGCGAGCCCUCAACCGCACCAACUUCGUGAGUGGGGGAGGACGGGAGGACGUAAUGGGUGCUGGGGGCGGGAGCGUGUGGGUGGGCGGAGAAGGGUUGGAGCCCACAGUGCAGGGCGCCAAGGGGCUGGCCCUGGACGUGUGGGUGUCUGUGCGGGCCCUCACCCGCACCAACUUUACUCGCCUGCAGCCGCCCUUCCCUGACCUCUCUCCGCUCUUCACCUCUCACAUACUACAGGAGGAGGUGGUGGGGUGUCUGGUGUUGGAGGAGUUUCACCAUGCUACGCUCGCCUGCAUCCCUCCUCCUUCCCUCAUGCCUUCCCUCAUGCUUUCCCACUGCUUUGGCAUUCUCCCAACAACAGGAGAAGGUGGUGGGGUGUUUAGUGUUGGAGGAGUUUCACCGCUGCUACGCUCGCCUGCAGCCCUCGGAGACAUUGCCGAUUUCUUCGACCCGAAUCGCGCCCCUUUCAUGUCCCCAUCUGCCGAGUUUAGAGCGGCCAGGUGCACCGAACCUGCGAUAAAGAAGCUCAUGGCCACGCCGGGCCUGAUGGAUCCUGAACCUGGUUUGGCCGCCGGACCUGGUGGACCGAAGCUGCCGGGCACGCCAGGCUCGGAAGCUCAGAUGGGUGGCGCAACGGGUGUGGGAGGAGGAGGGGGAGGAGGGGGAGGAGGGAGAGGAGGGGGAGGAGAGGGAGGAGAGGUUGGGGGAGGAGGGGGAGCGAAGGGGAGGCAGGAGUAUGCGAAUGUGAGUGUGGAUGAGUUGGUUGCUGUGAUAGGGAUGGUGGCAGAAAGGGGGAAGGAGGCGGUUGGUGUGGUGGAGGAGGCAAAGAGAGUGGAUGCUGGGGCAGUGGAGAGGGCGAGGAGAGUGGUGAUCGGGUGUCAACAACAUGAGUUUGCCGAACUACUCCUUCUCGCCAACACACAAGCCAUGCUGCACAUGCGACCAUCGCCAGCAGGAGACUUCAUUCGCGCCCGAGCCCUCGCCCGCAACCCCUCCUUCCGCAUGCUGCCUCCCGUCUGCCACACAUCCCCCAUCCCUCCCAUCCCCCGUCAACUCUUUGCCAAGUUCUUUGUGGUCGAACCUUCGCUCAACCUCGCAUGUUGCAGUCUUCCCAAGGUGGCAUGCACCAGUUGGCGCAUGUGGCUGCGGGCCAUGCUGCAUCUCCCUCUAUCCACUCCCCAACUCCCCUGCACCCCCCAAACCCACUGUCCCACUCAGCAGCUUCUCUCAACCUCACAUAUUGUGGGCUUCCCAAGUUGGCGCAUGUGGCUGCGGGCCAUGCUGCACCUGCCCAAGCCGGAGGACCAUUUCCUCACACACAGCUACGAGGGCAGUGGGCUGGGGGACCUCUCCCAGAAGCUCACCGAGAAGGAGGCUCUGCAGGCACUCUCACAGUUACACCCCCCCUCACCCCCCUUUACCUUUCCCCCCUGUAUCCUCCUCCCUAUUCUGACUGUCUUCACGCUACAGCUUCUCUCAAUCUAG